GGAGGGUCAGAGGGAAUCGCCGUACUGGUGCACCGGCAGCAAAGGUGGCUGCAGCAAGCUGGUUCCAGUCAAGCAGGGGGGUCCCCAGCUUAGGAAGCUUCCAUCUACUGAGUCCAACCCUUGGUCCGUCUAGCUCAGUGUUGUCCUCACAGACUGGCAGCGGCUUCUCCAAGGUUGCAGGCAGGGAUCUCUCUCAGCCUGAUCUUGGAGAUGCUGCCAGGGAGGGAACUUGGGACCUUCUUCUGCUCUUCCCAGAGCGGCUCCAUCCCUUAAAGGGAAGAUCUUACAGGGCUCACACUUCUAGUCUCCCUUUCAUAUGCAACCAGGGUGGACCCUGCUUAGCUAAGGGGACACGACAUGCUUGCCUCCACAAGACCAGCUCUCCUCUCUUGAGGCUUGUGGGACUACAACUGCCAUCAUCCCCCAGGCCAAGAGGCCAUUAGCCCUGGGGAUGAUGGGAGUUGUAGUACAAAAACAUCCAGCGGGGGAGGAGUUUGAGAACUCUUGUAUUCACCGUUGUUUCCAAACGAUCUUCAAGGACAGCACAUGUACUACAUCUUGCAGUAGUUACGCUGGAUGUUGCCAGAAUGUCGGUCACUGUGGCCAAAGGUUCCCCACUCAGGCACCUGCAGCAGCCCUCCAGGUGGACUGCGGAGGUCCAGGCUUCUGCCCUCCCUGACGCGAGCUUCCCGAAAGAGGCUCCGCUCCAGACGGCCACCAUUUCCCUGUGGACGGUGGUCGGGGCCGUCCAGGCCGUGGAGAGGACGGUGGAGGCACAAGCCCUGCGGCUGCUGAGCCUGGAGCAGAGAUCGGGGACGGCCGAGAAGAGGUUUGCGGACUGCGAGAAGGCCGUGGCCGAGCUGGGGCGCCAGCUGGAGAGCCGCUGGUCGGCGCUGGGGACCCUCCUGCAGGAGUACGGGCAGCUGCAGCGGAGGCUGGAGGACAUGGAGAACCUGCUGAAGAGCGGGAACUUCUGGGUCCGGAGGGUGCCGGUGGGCGCAGCCGGAGAGGGCUCCAAGGUCUCUGCGACUUUUGGAGACAUCUCAAGCCAUUUUCCCCGGGAGAAAUGGGAAAGCCUCGAGGACUGGCAGAAGGAGCUCUGUAAAAACGUGGUGAAGAGAAAUUGCGAGUCUCUGAUCUCACUAGAUUUCGCUGUUUCUAAACUGGAAAGUUUGGCCUGUGCUGAAGCAAGAGACCCCGCUCACGUUCCAGACUCAGGAGGACCCGCCCAGGAACCUGCUCCUGCUGCUAGAACAGACUCCUCUCCUGCUUCUCGGACGGAGGAGAUUAUCUCCUGGGUUAAACAGGAGGACUCGUCCUGCGCCAGGGACAGCGGGACUGCUCAGGAAGGAGGGCUGUGUCAAGGCACCUGCAAUUAUUACACUGUUUCUAAACUGGAUAGUUUACCAAGCGACAGCAAAGGAGCCCCACCCUGUGCUCCACACCAGCCAGACCUGGACGCAGAAGCUCACCACAUCUCUACCACAGACAGCACAGAAUCUCCCGAUUCGAGAACAGAUGGGAUCUCCUGGAUCAAGCAGGAAGAGCAGCUGGCCGCUAGGGACAAGAGAGACAGCCAUCAAGGCGACUCGGCCUAUUGUGAGCCCUUUGGGGAUAGGGCGCCUUCUUGUUCUCAUCAUCUUCCUCAACCCUGCCACCUGUUAAGCUCAUCGGGGGAGGUCCGGUUGCUGUUACCACUGGCUUGCUUGGUGGUGACUCAAAACUGGGCCUUUUCUAGGGUUGUCUUGGGACUUUGGAAUGCACUCCCUAACAAAAUUAAAGCCAGCGACAGACCCGGCCUGCGGCACCUUGAGGAGCACCAGCCAGAGGACCCCGCCAACCCCCCGCUCCUGCUCUUCUUCCCAGGCGGGUCAGUGGCCCCCAUCUUCAACGGAGCCAUCGGGGAGAGCCAGCCCCUCUCGGACCUGCAUGGCGCCUGCCUCGGCCGCAGAGCCGGCGGGAGCAAGCCACGCCCUCCCGCCGUGCCCCCCCUGGAAGCGGGGAUGGACCGGCCGCACACCUGCCUGGAGUGCGGGAAGACCUUCAGCCUGCUGCUCAGCCUGCAGAUCCACCAGAUGAACCACCAGAAGAAGAAGCAGUACGAGUGCGCCUACUGCGAGGUGGCCUUCAGCUGCCCCUCGGAGCUCGUCCGGCACCAGAUGAUCCACACGGGGGAGAGGCCCUACAAGUGCACGGUGUGCGGGAAAGGGUUUGUGCGGAAGCAGCACCUGAUCCCCCACCUGCGCCUGCACACGGGCGAGCGGCCAUAUCACUGCGCCGAGUGCGGGAAGGACUUCAUCUGCAAGCACCACCUGCUGGAGCACCAGCGCACCCACACCGGGGAGAGGCCCUACGCCUGCCCCGCGUGUGGGAAGAAGUUCCAGCGGAAGAAGUCGCUCAAGGACCACUUGCGGGUUCACAGUGCGGAGCGGGGGACGAGGGACUCUGCCCAGCCUCUCCCGCAGGAACCGGAGACGGCAGGGUCAAGGACAGGAAACAUGUGGUAGCAGGAAGCCGAGCGGGGCGGGGGAGAAGGAAGGGGCACCCCACUUGGACAAGCAGCUGAUGGGCACAGCGGAGUGUCCUCACCGCUACAAAUCCAAAACCUGUUGCUGAAAACGCCCCGGUCUGCAGAGGCGGCGAAUCGGGCUUGCUUGGCAUAUUUAUUUGGGUCCUUAAAGCCCUGGAAAGGGAAGGGGCUGCAAGCCGCACAACACAGGCACUGCCGCUCAGACCUGUCCGCCCUUCGUGUUGCUGCGUCACCCGUUCAUCUGCCGUCCCUCGCCUCACCUGUGCAUUGGGUGUGUAACCUUUUCUCUGUCGCCCGACUAGUGUUGUGCUCUGUCCAUGAAUCCAGCAGGGGGAGGGACGGGGAGUCAUUUUGAGUUUUGUCGCCUCUGGUAUUUGCACCACCCUCCCAGGGUUUUUGCAUCAGCUUGAGUAGAUUGUAAGUCUGCAGGCAGGGAGUGUGUGGUUCCUAAUUGUUUGGUACAAUGCCUAGUGGUUUUAGGCACCACUUUAAAUAAAACAAACUACAUCAUG